CUUCAGGAUGAACUGAACUGGGAGAGCAGCCUAACAUCUAUGGACUGGUUACCACAGCUCACCAUGAGAGCAGCUAUCCAAAAAUCUGAUGCUGCACAAAAUGCACAUGGAACAGGAAUUUCUAAGAAGAAUGCACUCCUUGACCCAAAUACAACUCUGGACCAGGAAGAAGUUCAACAGCACAAAGAUGGGAAACCUCCAUACAGUUAUGCCAGCCUCAUUACAUUUGCAAUUAAUAGCUCACCCAAAAAGAAAAUGACUCUAAGUGAGAUUUACCAGUGGAUUUGUGAUAACUUCCCAUAUUAUAGAGAGGCUGGCAGUGGUUGGAAGAAUUCCAUACGACAUAAUCUGUCACUGAACAAAUGUUUCCUUAAAGUGCCUCGAUCCAAGGAUGACCCCGGAAAGGGUUCCUAUUGGGCAAUAGACAACAAUCCGAAAGAAGAUGCGCUGCCUACUCGGCCAAAGAAGAGAGCACGAUCUGUAGAACGGGCCUCAACUCCAUAUAGCAUAGAUUCAGAUUCUUUGGGAAUGGAGUGUAUUAUAUCGGGAAGUGCCUCUCCAACUCUGGCAAUCAACACUGUGACUAACAAAGUAACAUUGUACAACACGGAUCAGGAUGGUAGUGAUAGCCCACGCAGUAGCCUUAACAACAGUCUCUCUGACCAGAGUUUAGCAUCUGUUAAUUUGAAUAGUGUUGGAAGUGUGCAUAGUUACACACCGGUAACAAAUCAUCCAGAACCAGUCUCUCAGUCACUAACUCCUCAACAGCAGCCACAGUACAACCUUCCAGAACGAGACAAGCAACUACUCUUCACAGAAUAUAAUUUUGAAGAUCUUAGUGCCUCAUUUCGGAGCCUUUAUAAGUCAGUUUUUGAGCAGUCACUUAGUCAACAAGGUUUGAUGAACAUCCCUUCUGAGUCUUCCCAGCAGUCCCACACUUCGUGUUCCUAUCAGCACUCUCCUAGCAGUACAGUGAGCUCUCACCCACACAGCAACCAAAGCAGCCUGUCUAACAGUCAUGGCAGCAGCCUCAACACCACGGGCACUAAUUCAGUUGCACAAGUCUCACUCUCCCACCCCCAGAUGCACACACAGCCGUCUCCACAUACGCCCCAUCGACCGCAUGGUUUAUCACAGCAUCCACAGCGUCCCCAGCACCCAGCACCGCACCCACAGCAACACAGCCAGCUUCAGCCCCCUCACACUCAGCACCCCUCUCCACAUCAGCACAUACAACAUCAUCCCAACCAUCAGCAUCAGACGUUAACACAUCAGCCUCCACCACCCCCACAACAGGUAUCCUGUAAUUCUGGUGUUUCAAACGAUUGGUAUGCAACACUUGAUAUGCUAAAAGAAAGCUGUCGAAUUGCCAGCAGUGUAAAUUGGUCAGAUGUAGACCUUUCACAGUUUCAAGGUCUGAUGGAAAGUAUGAGACAGGCAGAUCUCAAGAAUUGGUCUUUAGAUCAGGUUCAGUUUGCUGAUCUCUGUUCUUCUCUUAAUCAGUUCUUUACACAAACUGGCCUUAUCCACUCACAGAGUAAUGUUCAGCAAAAUGUUUGUCAUGGUGCCAUGCAUCCAACAAAACCUUCUCAACACAUUGGAACAGGAAAUUUGUACAUAGACUCUAGGCAAAAUCUUCCUACUUCAGUGAUGCCGCCCCCUGGUUAUCCUCAUAUCCCACAGGCACUCAACACUCCAGGAGCAGCGAUGGCAGGCCAUCACGGAGCCAUUAACCAGCAGCACAUGAUGCCUUCCCAAGCCUUUCAGAUGCGGCGCUCCCUGCCUCCAGAUGACAUCCAGGAUGACUUUGAUUGGGAUUCAAUUGUGUAGGGCUUGUUUCUGCAAAGCAGCAGACCCCAACAUCACCUUCCUGUGCAGUGAAGGAAAAGGUUUGAGAGAAUCCAGUUGAGAAAACAAAGUUGCUAAUCACUUUACCAAUGUUACCAAGAUUUCAUUUGAAGACAAUCAAAAAAAUUUUAGCUGGAUAACCUACUGCUUUUAUCUGACCCAAACAAGUACUACAUGUUUGUCUCCCUGCCAACUGCCCUAUGUAGCUCCUAACUCUUGUGUGAUUUGGACGGCUUUUUGCAUAUUUGUGUCAGUUUGAUGUUAACCACAAGUGCCAGACUGAUUUUUCAGACAGAGCCUAUUUUGCUGCAAGCAGUUUAUAGAUAGUUAUGUGUAAAUAUAUGAACAAA